ACUCCAUCAGAGUUGGAUUCCAUCGGGACUCUCUCCACUUUUCAUUUGUUCUCCUAUUCUGUGCGCACCGCCAAUAAAUUAGAGAGAGGAAAAACGGAAAAGAAAGAAAGUUGAGUUGCAACUUACAACGCAACAUCCAUUGAUCCGUCACCAGAACCCUGAAUACUCCUCUACUUUAUUUGUUAUUAGAUUUUUCACCUGUCAAUCACCGCUUAGAUCUGAACACUCUGCUACUCAAUCGUACAAUUAUCUGGGUAUCUCCUUGCCACGCUCUCCCCCCAUCUUGAUUCGAAAGAAAAACAGCAGUUAUACAUUUGAUUUGUUCGAUUAGGCCUUCUUUCCUGCUUGUUGAUUUUAGAUCCGUAACAAACAUGGGUUUUCAUCAGAAAAUCGAGCCCAUGAAGAUUUGUAGUGCUUUAAGAGUGAUUUUCUGAGAAAGAAGCGUGCUUGAUAGUUGGGUUUAACGGAAUUGUGGUUGAUUGCGAUGAGAAUUGGGUUUCCAAGAUACCCAUCUAUUCAUUGUUCAUCGUAAGUAUAGUUGAUAUUGGGAAUUCCAGAGCUUUUGCGAAGAGUGCAGCCAUUGUGGUAGUCAUGUUCUAUGGUACUGUGGUUUGGGACCCAUGGCUAAUUGUCGCCCAAAUUGUUUGCCUUCAAUGCCUGUACUAUCUAACUCUUGCAGUUUUUUUGUCAAUUCUUGUUGGGACUCGAGUGUCCCGAAUGAGUCUCGCCUAUUUCUUUGAUUUCGCUACUGUCUCUGCUUCAACGGUUACUGGUUGGUGUGUUAUUGCAUCAUUGCUGUCCGGUGCAGUCGCAGGAGCUGGAUAUCUGGUUUUCCUAAUUGAGAGGGCAAAGAAGUGCUUAGAUUUUUCUGCCACCCUCUACUUCAUCCAUCUCUUUAUUUGCAUAAUUUAUGGAGGCUGGCCUUCAACAAUAACAUGGUGGGUUGUGAAUGGAACUGGAGUUGCAGUGAUGGCAUUACUGGGGGAAUAUCUGUGCAUUAGACGUGAACUCCGAGAAAUUCCCAUCACUCGAUACCGGUCGAAUGUUUGACAGACAGGGCGAGGACAGGUGAGAACAUCUGUUCUCCAGAGUUUAUAGUUGGACAAAGCUCAUGAGAUACGAUACAAGAUCCGGUAAGAAAGUUAUUUUAGUCAAUGGAUUCUUUGCUUGAGCUGAUGGAAGCGAUAGAGAACAGCCAUAGCAAUUGUGAUAGAUGGAGCCACGUCGGGUGGGACAGUAGGUAUGCUAUGCAGCAAGAAACUUUAUAUGUACAAUUGUAGGUGAUUGGGAAACAUGAUUCUAAUUCUGCAUUUUUUUCCCCUGAUGCUCUCUAGUUUUAUGUUAUUUUCUUUGUUAAUUAGGCCUUUAUUCUUUCAUUCGAUAAAUUGACUUGAGUUUCCAGGUUAAUGUGUUGAAUGGACAAAUGUUAUCUCCUCUGUGUCGAGAUUUGGUUUUUUUUGUUUUAUAGAUGUUGCCUUGCCA